CGAGUCAGGGAGGUGCCCUGACGGUCCAGCUGGCCUGAGCUGAAAGCUGCUGCCUCUCUCUGCCUCUCUCCAGGGUUUAGAGUGAAUCAAUGUACCAGGAAGGUGCCAGAAGUGUAGCCUGAGAGCUUCCUCCAAAACCGAGGGCAGAAGCCUUUGUUUACACCAGGAUGCCGGGAAGCCUCUUGUUUGUGUGUCACCCAGGUGGUGACCAAAAGAACGGCUGAAAAGCUUCACUUUCCCUGUGCUUUCCCUUUCAAGAGUUUGACCCCAGGAGUGUUUUGCUACUUGAGCUCUCCAGGUCCAGCCACCCCCGUGGUGGGAUUUGCCCAUUGUGGACCACGUUCCCUCCCACCCUGCCUCUGGCUGGACCCAACACAUCAGCGCAGGGACGGGAUGCUCGGUGUGGUCUGUGGGUUACGAGCUCGCUCCCGCUCCUCGUCUCUCAGCUGGGGUGAGUUUGCACGUUUUGACUUUGUUCACUCGAGCUCACAAACAACCGCAUCUGUCUCCAAACUCAGGUGCGUCUUCUCACCCAGCGAACUCUUCGCGGGAAAGCGCUGCCGUGAAAUCUCUUUUAUCAGCCACGGCCACCGCUCGCACCCGCCCGUCCCUCGCCUCCGCCGGGACCCCCCGGGGGCCAGGAGGCCAGGAGGGCUUCGCAUCCCUGAAUUUCCGCGCCGGGCCCUCUGGAGGAUAAGCAGCCAAAAUGAGGACAAAGAUGGAGACUCUGAUAAUACGAUCAGCGAGCUGCCUCCCACUCUUCAGGAUGUUUCCCCUGACAGAAGGCGGUCGUCGUCAGAUACAUCACGGUCCACUUACAGCCUCACGCGGCGGAUUUCAAGAGCGCAGUGGAGGAGGCCAGCCCUGUUUUUCUUGCCGAAGCACGAGCGUGGUCUGGAGGCGAGGAGGCCGAGUUCUCCGCUAGUUGACAUCAAGCCCAUCGAGUUUGGAGUAAUAGGAGCUAAGAAAGAAAUAGUUCAGCCAACUAUCCUGCGAAAAACCUACACCCCAGAUGACUAUUUUAGAAAAUUUGAACCGAGGCUGUACUCUCUUGACUCGAACAGCGAUGACAUGGACUCCUUGACAGAUGAGGAGAUCUUGUCCAAGUACCAGCUGGGCAUGCUGCAUUUUAGCACGCAGUAUGAUCUGCUGCACAAUUACCUAAUAGUGCGAGUCAUUGAGGCUAAAGAUCUGCCUCCUCCGAUUUCUUACGACGGGUCGAGGCAAGACAUGGCUCACUCCAACCCCUAUGUGAAGAUCUGCCUUCUUCCUGAUCAGAAGAACUCCAAGCAGACCGGAGUGAAGCGCAAAACGCAGAACCCGGUGUUUGAGGAGAGGUACACAUUCGAAAUCCCCUUUUUGGAAGCCCAGAGAAGAACUCUGCUUUUAACUGUAGUGGAUUUUGACAAAUUCUCACGCCAUUGUGUUAUUGGCAAAGUGUCAAUGCCCUUGAGUGAUGUAGACCUUGUGAAAGGUGGACACUGGUGGAAAGCCCUUGUGCCUAGUUCUCAGAAUGAAGUGGAGCUGGGAGAGCUGCUGUUGUCACUGAACUACCUACCAAGUGCAGGAAGACUGAACGUGGACAUCAUUAGAGCAAAACAGCUUCUUCAGACAGACAUGAGCCAAGGUUCAGAUCCCUUUGUGAAAAUUCAGCUUGUUCACGGAUUAAAAUUAACGAAAACCAAGAAGACCUCCUGCAUGCGGGGCACGAUAGAUCCCUUCUACAACGAGUCCUUCAGCUUCAAGGUCCCACAGGAGGAGCUGGAGAACGCCAGCCUGGUGUUCACAGAAGCUGUCCCCAGCAUUGCCACCCAACAGCUGGACCUGGCUGGGAGUCGCUCCUGUUCUCAGCUGGCCCUCUUUGAAGAGCUUCUGUGCAGAGGAAGAGGAGGAGCGUUAAUUGCCCUUCUCAGUGGCACCCAGCCUGGGCAUAAAGUCAAACCUGAGAAGAAUGAGAGGACAGCAGUGAACAAUCACUGGCAGAGGAACUUCUGGUACUUGGCGUGGUUUGCUGGCGAGAGGAUGCACCUGAAGGUGUUCCACACUGACCUCAGCUGUUCUGUAAGCAGGGCUUGCUCUUGCCUUUGUGUCUGAAGGGCUGGGACUCAGUGCCAAGCCCUGUGUGACACAGCUGAGAUGGACCCAGACACAGACCACAGGGCUCAGAGCUGACCUCACUCGAGAGCUCUGUCAGCACUGGAGGUGCUUGGCUGGGGGAGGAUUUUUUAUUUUUAAACAGUUUCUGAAUCUCCUGUACUUGUUCUUGAGGCAUGAGGACAGGCAGUAGAGCCCUGGUGCUGUGAGCAGGGGUGGCAGAGCACAGGGAUGGCCCCUGCCUGGGCUGCAGCCCCAGGCCAGGCUCCUGCUGAGGCUGGUGGCAUUCUCUGCCUUUUCUUGAGCAGGGCUGCAGGGACCCCAGUGAAGGGUGGGGGUCCCUGCCAUGCCACGACCUCACCCUGUGGAGCUCAGGCACUGUGAGGAGCAGGCUCAGACCUCCUUGACCUCUGCAGGAUCAGUUGGGUGGUGGGACCCACACUCUUUUACCACAUUGGGCUCUCAUGAUUCACAAACACUUUUUUAAACAGCUUUCCACCCAUUACCCACCAUUUCUUUUGCUGAAAAGAAUCUGCUUCUGAAAGGAUGUCUUUUUAAGUAUUUUUUUAAUUUUACUUUUUACUUGGAAGAUACAGGUGUCAACUCUGGUUCAAGGAGGCUUAUUCCAACUCAUUAGUUUGUUUCCAAACAUGUUAUAACAAAAAGUGUGAUGCUGAUUAGCAAUUUAAAUUUUGCCCUUCAUGCUCAGGAAUUUCCUCAGCAAAACCCCUAUAAUUAAUCACUGCUUUGCAUGCAUGUCACCCUGACUGUACCUUGCGUGUGGAGUGCUGGAUUUGUUCUUGGAAGCUUCCAUCAGGUGUUCUUGAGAGAGGUGUGAAUCACUCGAUUCUUUGUUUUCCCAGAAAAGGCAAACAGAGGAGCAGCUCUCUGCAGCUGGGAGGGUGAGGGAAACACCCCGCUCCUCAGCACAGUGAAUGAAGUUAGGCUUAAUGAGUGGAUCUCUGAGGAAUUUUUCUUCCAGUGCAAAGGGGUGUAUUCCCAAACGAGCCAGUGGAACUGACUGAUUCAUCACCCUACGUCACGCAGUCGGAUUUCAGCGCUCAGCCUCGCAAAGUGAGGCUUCGUUUUCUAAGUGACUUGCUUGCUUUGAAUGCUGCAACAAAUAAUCCCAGGCCAGAAAUGUCCCCAGCAGCUCCAAAGCUGGGAAGGAAGGUGCAGAGCUUUGGGAGGAGCAGUGGGGCCAUUCCCCUGGCCGCUCUUGGGCUGAAGGGUGAGGAGCAGCGUGGGCACGGCGCUGCCGGGCUCCCUGGGCUGCUGCUUCUGCUGUGCCUGGGACACUCUGGUGUGAGAUGUGGGAUGCUGGUCAUGUUAUUGUGUGUGCAGCCUUCUGCUGGGUCAGUGCCUGCCCUGUUCUGUCACAAGGACCUCUGGAUCGGGGGACAUGGUGGUGGUGAAGGUGCUGAGCCACAUUCAGUUCAUCCAAGUGACCGAUUUGCUCCUGGUGUUGGUGGAGGUGGGUCCCCAACAGCGGGUGCAGCACCAGUUUGUUCCUGUGUGCAUCUGUGGGGUUCUGCUGAAAUGAGUUUCUGGAGCUCUGGGAAGGGGGUUGUGGUGUUCCCCACAGAGCUCCUUCUUGGCACCUUGCCCUUUCACGCAGCUUAAGGACUCGUGGAGAGCUUUGGGAUCUUCUGCUAAAAGAUAAUCAAGAACAAAUGUUUGGCAGUUUGGGUAUCUUGCAAUGAGAGGAGCUCUAUUUUGCAUCUCUGCAUAGCAGGGGUGUAGUUUUGUUGUUUUUUUAACUUAGGUGCUUUGGGGUUCUUUUUUGCUGCAGUGGUAUUGUGUGUUUUGUUUGGAACUGCUUUUUAUUUCUUUUCUCUUCUAAUCCACAUCUCUAGUCCAUUAGGUCAGUUAAUUAAAUUUGCUGUUGAGUCAAAGUCCAAUUGAAAAGCAAAAUAAUCCUGCUUGAAGGGUGGGUGAUGAUGCUUUGAAUGGAGAGAGGGAGAGAGCUGUAAAAGCAGUCAUGGGAGCCAGAACUGAGUGUAUCUUCAAUAAUUUAAAGGAACCUUUAUUGUGGCUUCAUAUUUUGGACCCAAUCUGCAGCUGUCUUUACGCUGGCUUGGCUUCACUGGAAAGCCCUGGAAUUCUGCCAGUUCCCAUCAGCUGGGGCUCCUGGCUCCCAGUGGGGCUGGUACCACACUGCAGAGUAAGGCACUAUCCAGACAAAGUAAGAUGAAUUUUGUUUCCCCCCUCCGUGUGUUUUUCUGCUGUGCAUCUUGAAUCAAGCUGCCUGUGUUCAGUGCACUCUGGUCUGGAUUUCUGCACCGUUUUGCUGUGAUUUAGCAAGGAUUGUGUGUGCAGGCAUUGAAGACAUACAGUAAAGCACCAUCCCUGCUUUCCUGGUGGUGCUCUGGAGAGCUGAACUCCAGACCAAACUCAGGGCUGAACCCAGCUGGAUUUGGGGCCGGGCCCUGGGUCCCUCCAGGAUGAUGUGCACUGGAGGGGCUCUGCCUUGGCCAGGACUGGAUGAGGGGGUGACUGGGCUGGUUCUUUGGUCUCUCCUGCUCCUUAGGCCUACAGAGAGUCAAUACUGUUAAUUAUUGGCAUCUACAAACCAAAAUGCUCCUCCUUCCACACUGGUGCAGCACACCUUGUACCAGCUGUCUUCCCCCCUGUUCCUUCCUCAGAUGCUUACUGGAGCUGUCACUCACUCCCAUGUCCCAGUUCAGUGCCCGAAAUGAGGUGGGAUGAGCUCUGUAGAAAUGUCCCCUCCAGGAAAAAGCAUGCAGGGUCAGGAUUGCUGCUGCAGGUAUUGUCAACAGCUUCUUCCCAAAAGAUGCUGAAACCAGGAAAGCCACUGAUCCUCAUAACAAAUUUAAUGUCCUGACAAAAAAAAUAAAAACAACACCAAAACCCCCAAACAAACAACAAAAACAGACACACACACACAAAAAAAACCCUACAGUGUGAGGCAACAGCUGGUGGAGAGGAUGUUUGAUUUUCAUUUACCUCAUCCAACAUGUUGUCUAGGUAAUGAGCAGCCAUAUGCAUAUUGUAACAGAAAUGCACUCUUUUGGGUAGUUCUUUUUCCCACUUUCUGGAGUUUGGUUUUUUUUUUUUUUUGGCAACCUGACUCAUGUUCCCCAUGUGCCAUCUUCUGCUUGAGUGCAGGCAAGUCCUGGGCUCACCUCCUGCAGAGAAAUGGGGCAGGCUCUGAAAGGCAGGGUGUUCUCCUAACCAUGUACACCUGUGAACAAAGGUGUUAGUUAUUCUGUCUGAUGACCAGGGGAAGGUGGAGUUUGGCCCCAGCAGCAGUGCUGACAGCUGCUGCCCAAGGUCCUUUCCAUGAAGAAAAAGGUGUAAUUGAGAUGCAAGUGCAGCCUCUGUGCUUGGGAGGGCUGGAUGGUGGGCACCCAGAGACCCUCUGCUCUCCCCACUGAGGGAUUUUGGGCUGUCCUCUAAAUCCCAGCCUGUCAGAAAGCUUGGGCUGUGCAGCAGGAAUGCAGACAUCACCUGAAACCUGAGCACUGUAGUAUUUUGUUAAUGAUUAUAAUGUUGUUAAUAACAAUCGUCAGUAAUGCUGUUUGCACUGCAGUAAAGCCCAGAUGGCCCAAUAAAAACCACCAGCACUCCAGGGCAAACUGUCUCUGUGACUCCUCAGCAUCUUUUCAUCCCUUGCUGUGUAAAAAAAGACAACCUUCAGCACUCACAGUUAGGGGAUGUUUGUCUCCCCGAGGUCCUUGUGGUGACCCUGUCUUCCCCCAUUGAAAUCAGCUCUUGGACUUGUUUGCCUGGCAGGAUCUUUAGGGCUUGUGGCACAAGCAGAGUCCCCAAAGAGGGAGAAAUCAUCUUCAUGCUGUGGGCACUCUCUGUGCAGUUGUAGAGGUGAAAUCUGCUUUGCCUUCUGACCCGGCUGAAAGCGUAGCUGGGCUAGGACAGCACUGAUGGAGCGUGCUGGGGCUCAUCCACUGCUCCUGUGUGGAAGGUGGCUGUGGCUCCAGCAGGGCAGGAUGCUCUGCCUGGUUGGGGGGGAGCAGGGUGUAGGUGGAGAGAAGGACCUCGGUACGUGUGUGAGCUGCACUGGUGAGAUCUUCACAGACAGUCCUGGCUGAGGGCACGGCUCACAGCACUCUGUCUUCUGUAGGAUGUGGUGAUACUCCUCACUUGUCAAUAUGUUAUAAAA